AUGGCGUCCCAGGCCUUAUUGGAGCUGCAGCCCACUAACCAAAGCCAGCAGACGUCUCCCAACAUCACCUCCUGCAAGGAUGCUCCAGAAGCCUGGGACCUGCUGUAUAGGGUGCUUCCAGGAUUUGUCAUCACCAUCUGUUUCUUUGGCCUUCUGGGGAACCUUGCAGUACUGUCCUUCUUCCUCCUGCCUCGGCAUCGGCGGAGAAAACACCGCUUAACCGUCGCCGAAAUCUACCUGGCUAACUUGGCAGCUUCUGAUCUGGUGUUCGUCCUGGGCCUACCCUUCUGGGCAGAGAACAUCUGGAACCGUUUCAACUGGCCCUUUGGCACUGAACUCUGCCGGGUGGUCAACGGGAUCAUCAAGGCCCAUCUGUUCAUCAGUAUCUUCCUGGUGGUGGCCAUCAGUCAGGACCGCUACCGGUCUCUGGUAUAUCCCAUGACUAGCAGAGGAUCCCGGCGGCGGCGACAAGCCCGAACCACCUGUCUGCUCAUCUGGGUAGCAGGGGGCCUCUUGAGCAUCCCCACGUUCCUACUACGUUCCGUCAGAGUUGUCCCCGACUUGAACAUCUCUGCCUGCAUCCUGCUUUUCCCCCACGACGCCUGGCAUUUUGCAAGGAUGGUGGAGUUGAACAUUUUGGGUUUCUUCCUCCCAUUGACUGCCAUCAUCUUCUUCAACUAUCACAUCCUGGCAUCCCUGAGAGGGCAGAAGGAGGCCAGCAGAACGAGGUGUGGGGGUCCCAAGGGCAGCAAGACAACAGGGCUGAUCUUCACUCUGGUGGUCUCCUUCCUGGUCUGCUGGGCUCCCUACCACUUCUUUGCCUUCCUGGAUUUCCUGGUCCAGGUGAAGGUAGUCCAAGACUGCUCCUGGAAGGAAUUCACGGACCUGGGCCUGCAGCUGGCCAACUUCUUUGCUUUCAUCAACAGCUGCUUGAACCCACUGAUUUAUGUCUUUGUGGGCCGGCUUUUAAAGACUAGGGUCUGGAAGCAUUAUAAGAGAUGCAGCCCUGGAAGCCUCGUGUCCAUAUCCCCCAAUAGGAAAGAACUCUUUCAGCUGUUCUGGCAGAACUGA